UUAAACAUGGCUGCGCUCACACUUUACUCAUGUCGAUCCGUUAUUCCACAUAUAAAACGCGUAGCAAGCGCUUCAUACAAUUCUCUGCAGUCAAUAAGGUCAUUUUCAUCAGAAGCUGACAUAAAUGUGGACAAUGUUCCUAAAAUGAAGAGGCACACAUUUACUGGGUAUGAAAAUGAAAUUCUUUCAGAACCCUGUACUGUGCAAGAUCUUCCACCAUCCAAAGGAACGGCUCCUAAGUAUGUGGAGUCAACAGAAGAGUAUAAGUGGGUGGAAAGAUUAUUGCCAACAAAGUUAAUUCCUCGAGUGAAACCAAAUUUACCUCGCCAAAUGCCCUCUGGGUGGGCACCACCUCCAGAGAAAAAACCAGACCUUCCGUAUUUUGUCGGGCGAAAUAGAGUAUAUGAAUACAAUGUCCGUCAUGAAGUCCGUCAUCAAACAAGAAACAUCACACAGAUCAGAAAAGUCGAUGGAGAUAUCUGGGCACUUGAAAAAGAUGUACGGGAUUACCUGGAGGCGAUGGUUGAUUAUCCAGUAGCAACCCAGGUACAUGAAGUUACGAGAAUGGUGCGUGUCAAGGGUUAUUUUGUAGAGGAAAUUAAACAAUUUCUAUUUGAAAAGGGAUUUUGAAAAACUAAUCAUACCUGUAAAUAGCAGUUACCACAUUGUAAAUAGCUGGUAACCAAUGGUUCACAUUCAUCUGCUCAAAUACAGAGCUGUCAGUCAUAAUUUAGCUAAUGUGGCAUUGCAUUUCACCUUAGGUUACAUGGUAUAAAUGUGAAAGCAGUUCGUUUUACCAUGCUCUUUACAAAACUUAUAUUGUUAGAAAUAACAUUUUAGUUAUAAAAAAUUGUACAGUGCAACCAGUGCAUGUUUACCAGGUACCAUGAAUAUUUGAAUAAAUCUGUUAUUAUUGUUAUAUGA